CUUCAAUGCCACGUCUGGCUUUUGUCUGAUGAACAGAUACUGGCCAAACAACGGAUAGAGGAAGAAGUUGCGGCCAUCGAGCGCAAAGGCAAGCCCGAAGAGAACUUCUCUGGUCCUGCCCAGGCUCUUAUGGAUUGGAGGGUAUGAUGGCUUGGCGUUGCUCUUCAUUUGCUGGUUGCCUCGCUGUCAUUCACCAUUUUUUCCCGAUGCUAUCCACUACAAUAGGUUACAACGCGACUACUGGCCUCUUGCUCUGCGCAACUCCAUGGAUUUUGAGAACUGCAACCUCAUUUGUUGUGGCCAGGCACUCCGAUGUAACUGGUUAUCGCUUCUGGCAUAUUGUCGAUCCUCUAUUUGUUGGCAUCGCCGGGUUUAUGAUCGCAAUUUCUUCAAUGAAUACGGCUAUGCGGUAUCUAUCCCUAUUCUUUAUGGCUCGGAGCCCAGUCGCCUAUGUCGUCUCUUUGACCUGGGUCAUGAAUACAUUUCCCCAAUCACAGUCUAGACGCACUGCAGCCAUCACACUAAUAAACGCUAUAUCACGUUUAGUCUUUGCGCGAACCUUGAAGCAGCACGAACUUCUUGCUUUCGUACUGCGAUGUUCCAUCCCUCUCAGUGACUUCAUAUCUCCGGACUGCGCCCAUCACCUGCCACCUGCACGCUCACUCAGGCUUGUGCGCAUCGCCAUUGCAAAAAUUCAGCGCGUGGGUUGCGGCUUACUUGGGCCCAAGCCCCAACUUUCGGCUCACGGCUUAGGCUUGAAUUCUGGCGAGCCUAAGCCCCACCAGGCCGAGCCUAAGCCGGGGCUUUGAGCCCAAGCCGGGCCGGAACAUCACUAGGCGGACGGGUGCAUCGUAUUUCAAACGCAAGAAAAACUCAGCCAAAGAGAUGUAGACCACUAUAGCAACUAGAGAAUGAAGUUAAG